AUGGACGACCUGCUCGCCCGCCACCGCAAGGAGCUCCGCGACCUGACCUCGCGCACCACGCAGAAGAAGAAGGCGGCCACGAAGAAGACGCGCAAGGGCGUCAACGCCGAGUGCGAAGCCCUCGAGCGGGAGCUGAAGGGGCGCCACGCGCGCGAGGUCGCGGAGCUCGAGAACCCCGGUGGUGCCAGUAGAGACGGGAACCUCGGAGAGGAAGAAGAAGUAGAAGACGACGAAGCAGCUGCAGCAGCAGUGGAAGAACCAGCAGCCCCAGAGACAGAGACAGCCUCAGAACCACCACCAACCCCCAGUACAGACCCCGACCCCGACCCCGCCCCCGCCCCCAGCACCAAGAAGCCCCACCGCCGCAAAGCCCAACUCGCCCGCCGCAAAGCCCAACUCGCCGAAGCCGCCGACCAAGCCGCCGCCACCGCCAGCGCGCAGCCCGACCUGCGUGGUCUCGAGCUGACGCAGAUGGCUUCGCAGCUGCGGUCGCUCAGCUUGACAGAGGUCGAGAUCGCGCCCGACGGGCACUGCCUCUACAGCGCGUUCGCGGACCAGGUCGCGGGGGCGCGGGACUACCGCACCGCGCGGCGGCGCUGCGCCGAGUUCAUGGGGGGGCACGCGGCGGACUUUGCGCCGUUCAUCGAGGGGGAUUUCGGCGAGCAUGUGCGGCGCGUGGGGGAGACGGCGGAGUGGGGGGGGCAGGCGGAGGCGCUGGCGCUGGCGAGGGCGUUCGGCGUGCAGGUGAAUGUGGUGCAGGCGCAGGGGAGGGGCGUGGAGAGGAUGAAUGAGGGGGCCGAGGGCGGCGAGGUGUGGUUGGGGUAUUAUAGGCAUAGUUUUGGGCUGGGGGAGCAUUAUAAUUCGCUCAGGAAGAAGAAGGAGGCGGGGAGUUAG